UCCAGAUCCAUCAGACAAUGAAGCCCGGUCGUACAGGAUUCUCGAUCUACCCCGGGCCUCUCCACGCACGCCUAUAAAAUGGCAGGCAGCGACGCCAACGCCCUCCUGUUCCGUGAGGAGGAAAGAAAUCCGAAAGAAAAGGCAGCCUUCAAGAAAAGGCAACAGCAGAAGGGGCAACCCCGUCCGAUCCGGAGCCUCGUCUCGUCAAACCCUCGGAUUAAAUUGUGUCAUCCCUGAUCUUUAUCCAUUCGAAGUGUUCAGUACAUACAACCACUUCUUAUAGUUGAUUUCAAGAUGACAAGUAGGAAAAGUAACAGAUCUACAGUCACAUCACGCACUGCUCUGCAUAUGGAAUGGGACAGGAUUUCUUGCCCUAUUUGUAUGGAGCAACCCCACAAUGCUGUUUUACUUAAAUGCAGUUCAUACAAGAAUGGCUGCAGAUGUUACAUUUGUAACACGAGCCAUCGACACUCUAAUUGCCUUGACCGGUUCAGAAAAAUGAAUGGUGAUAGUAAGGUCCGUGCUUCACACUCAACCUAUUCGGUGCUUUCGAACUCCAAUAUCAGAACUGUCCAACCAAGAGCUCACUAUGAUAUGAUUUCCAGACGUUCACGGAGUCCAAGACUCAGGAGACAUGUUGAUAAUGGAGUAUCUUAUCGUUCCAAUGUAAACAGUGGUCAAAAUCCAGAUGGCAUGUCUAGGUCAGAGUCUGAGAUUGCUAACUAUCAAGAAUCUACAGACUCAACCUUAUCUGUAGGAGAAGGAAGCAUUGUAACAGGAGAAUGUCAUGAUGCCAUGCAGAGUUCAGUUCAAGUGAAGUGUCCCCUCUGUAGAGGAUCUGUAUCUGGCUGGAUUCCUGCUGGAGAGGUGAGACAGUAUCUAGACAGGAGGUUGAGAACUUGCUCUCAUGAUUCCUGCAAAUUUGUUGGAACCUAUGAGCAGCUGCGUGAACAUGCUAGGACUUCACACUUGCUUACAAAGCCUUCUCAUGUAGACCUCUCGAGGAAAAGAACUUGGGAUCGCCUUGAGCGUGAGCAGGAGUUUGGUGAUGUCAUUAGCGCAAUUAGGUCCCAGAUACCUGGGGCAAUAAUAGUUGGUGACUAUGUUAUCGAGACCAGAGACACAACGUCCCCUGGCAUAGACUCUGAUGAUGAAAGUAGUGAAGAGUGGUGGUCUCCUGUUCGAGACCAAGUUGAAUCUCCAGAUAACGGGCUUGGUUCCCCAAUGCUUUGGCCAAAUGAAAGACUAGGACCACCUAGCAUUUGGGCAGAUGAAAGGCAUGGUUUACCAAGGCUUGUGCCAGAGAACAACAGAGAUUCUCCCAGGCUUCCAUUCAGUGAUAGGCGCAGCUUGCGCUCAGAUUGGCUGGGCCGUCGGAGGCCAAACACACAGAGCCUACUGCGACAAGGCUUCUCAAAUCGCCACUCUGGGCACCGCAGCAGUUAUCGCGGAUAUCAUGGCACACUCUUGGAUCGGUCCUAUGCUGGUAACCGUGGUGCAGGUACUGACAGGAGCCUAGAUGAUCCAUCAUUGGUGCCAAGCAGGCUGCAGCGGCUGCGGUACACGCACAGAAGCCAACAUUGAACGAAGUAAUAUCAAUUCGGCUGUAGAAAUUCAUUGGUGAAAUGAAAGCUAUCUUUGUAAAUGCGAAUUAUCCAGAUUACGUAUUUUCUGUAGUUUAUUUACUCUGUAUUAUGUCAAACAAUCUAUCCCAGAUGCAAAACUAUAUUUCUCGUGAAUAUCA